CUCGACUCAUACAAGCCAAGAAGGGAAAACUCGUAGCCCUUUGUCAGUCGGCCUCGCAUUACUCUCGUGGUCUUCUGAAAGGACCUUCCAUCAGCGACCAUGGUCCCCACAGGUGGAAAUCGCAAGACAGCACUUACACCAAACAUCACAUGCUAUAGUGGCGAAUCAAUAACUACAAGCUCAAGGUCAUCACGGACAUUUGCCGACACCAGCGACAUGCGCCGCGUUCGCGAUGAUAUGCCUUGGCAGCUAUGGGUCGUGGCGAUCAUCGCAUUCUGGGAAAGAGCAUCGUUCUGGGGUAUCACGGCUCCAUGGCAGAACUACAUGCAGCAUCCUCCUCACUACCACGCGGGUGAGACACCUGGAGCCCUUGGCCUCGGACAGUCGGUGGCUACACGCAUCUACUGCGCUUUCUUCAUUCUCUACUACACCGCACCGACACUGUUCGCUAUUGUCGCCGACAGCUGGCUUGGCCACUUCACGACAUUGGUCAUCAGCGCCAUUAUCUACUGCCUCGGGUGUACGGUACUGACAGUCAGCUCCAUCCCAGGUCAGCUUAACAAAGGCUGGGGGCUACCCGGGCUCAUUCUCGCCAUGGGCUUGAUUGCGUUAGGAAAUGGUGGAUUCCGCGCCAUCAUGGUACCUUUCAUUGCCGACCAGUACACUGAGAAGAAGGCAGUGGUUAAGACUUUGAAGUCAGGCGAAGAGGUCAUUACCGAUCGACAGCUUACGCUACAGUAUAUCUACAGCCUGUACUUUUGGAUUGGCAACUUGGGAUCUUUGUCGUGGUUCUUGGUUGUCUGGCUCGAACUCCACAAGGGGUUCACUUCAGCGUACGCUCUCUGUCUUGCUUGCAUGGUGGUCGCUGUCAUCAUGCUUGUUACUGGACAGCGUUGGUACACCAAAACGCCACAUGAGGGCAACGUUCUUCCUGCAGCUACCAAGAUCAUCAUCUGCGCCUGUCGCAACGGCUUCAAGAUGGCCCAUGCUCAGCCCGAGUACCAGCUCAAACACCGCCAGCAAACUGUAUCAUGGAACGAUCAGCUUGUGGUCGAGGUCACGCGAGGUUUGCAAGCUUGUCGCGUCCUCAUCGCUUUCGUCGUUUUCUACCUCUGCUUCGAUCAGAUGCAGAACAACUUGAUCUCCCAGGCUGCUGAGAUGGAGACCAAUGGCACUCCCAAUGAUCUCGUCCCGGCCUUGAACCAAGUUGGCUGCAUUGUCUUUGCACCGCUUAUUCAGGAGGUCCUCUAUCCCUUCCUCCACCGACGCCGCAUCUACCUUCGCCCAGUCAUACGCAUCACCAUUGGCUUCUGCUUCAUAGCAUCUUCCAUGCUCUACGCAACAAUCAUCCAGCACUUCAUUUACACCUCUCCCAACGCAAAAGUCAAUGUGUGGAUCCAGGGUCCACUCUACAUUCUGAUGGCGAUCGGAGAGGUCUUCGCCAUGGUCACCGCAAUGGAGUACGCGUACGAAAAUUCGCCCCAGAGGAUGAAGGCCAUCGUUCAGGCAGUCAGUCUACUCAUCGCUGGUGUUGGGUCCGCUGUUGCCAUGGCUCUGACCCCUGCUGCGCGCAACCCAUUGAUGAUCGGUUUCUAUGGCGGACUGACUGGCGCCAUGGCAGUUACCACGGUCGUCUUCUACAUUAUCUUCAGAAACUAUGAUAGACCAGCCACAAAGGAUUUGGAGAUCGUGGUCGCCCCGAUGAGUUCUAGCGCUGCGACUGGUGCCCAGGUACCAGGUGCGAUCAGCGUAUCUGCAUCUCAGGUCAGCUUGUAACAGCAGCCGAUAGAGAUCAACACUGAGAAAGAUGACAUCAAUAAGGAUGCCAUAGGCGACACCAAAAAGGAGCCCGAAGCCGCGGUAAAUCGUGUUGAAUGAUUAGCUCGCGGUCGUCCUCUCUCUUUCACCGCUGUAUAGACAUUUGCAUUACUCGGCGCUGUACAUUGGUGAGCUCACGCUCUGGAUUUGCCGCAUACAU